CACUGCCGCCGCCGCCGCCAUGUGGAGCUGUGGCCCGCUCAACGGCACGGGCAGCGUGGAGGACCAACUCCUCUGCCAGCACUUCUACGUGGUCCUGUCCGUGUUCUCUCUGCUCUACUUGGUCAUCGGCGUCCCCGUCGGCCUGGGCUACAACGCCCUGCUCGUCCUGGUCAACCUGUACGACCAGAGCAGCAUGACCAUGCCCGACGUCUACUUCGUGAACAUGGCCGUGGCAGGCCUGGUGCUCAGCGUCCUGGCACCCGUGCACCUGCUGGGCCCCAGCGCCUCCGGGUGGGCCCUGUGGGGCUUCAGCAGCGAGGCCCACAUCACACUGCUGGUGCUGUUCAACGUCUCCUCCCUGGUGACCAUGUACUCCACAGCCCUGCUCAGCCUCGACUACUACAUCGAGCAGGCUCUGCCACGCACCUACAUGUCCAGCGUCUAUAACACCAGGCACGUGUGCGGCUUUGUCUGGGGCGGGGCCCUGCUCACCAGCUUCUCCUCCCUGCUGUUCUACAUCUGCAGCCACGUGGCGGCCAGGAUCGUCGAGUGCUCCAAGAUGCAGGACACAGAGGCUGCUGACGCCAUCAUGGUGUUCAUUGGGUAUCUGGUCCCCACCCUGGCCGUGCUCUAUGCGCUUGCGCUCAUCUCAAGGAUCCGGAAGGAAGACACGCCCCUUGACCAGGAUGCGGGGAGGCUGGACCCCUCAGUGCACAGGCUUCUGGUGGCCACCGUGUGCACGCAGUUUGGGCUCUGGACGCCUCACUACCUGACCCUCCUGGGGCACACGUUGCUCGCCUUGCGGGGGAAGCCCAUGGAUGGGCACCACCUGGGGAUUCUGCUCUUUGCUAAGGACUUGUCGAGAUUCCUGGCCUUCUCCAGCAGCUCCGUGAUGCCACUUCUUUACCGCUACAUCAACAGAAACUUCCCCAGCAAACUCCGGCGGCUGAUCAAGAAAAUGCACUGUGGGCACCAGAGCUGCUCCCCAGACCAAGUGGCGGUCCAGCAGGUGGUGGCAUAG